AUGUUCAUGAUAAAGUCUCUUGGAAAACUUAUUUGGGGUGAUCCAGAUAACCCUGAACUUAUUCAAAUAAGUAAUGGUGAGCUUUAUCUUGUCAGGCCAAAUAGUCCAAAAGGCAAUAGAGAAUGCAUCUUUCGGGAAGCACAAGCCAUUAUGAGGCGCACGGGCACUGAAUGGCAAUAUCAACUUGUCGUCGACAGAAUUUUUGAGGAAGGUGAAGAAGAACUGAUAUCAGAAGGUGAAUCCGACGAGGAAAGUCAAGGUGGCGAAGAAGAAAAGGUUUUCCUUAUUGAUGAAUCUCUCGAAUUUCGUAAAGGUCAAAUCGAGGGAUUGACCACGUUUGCAUGGAGAGAUUUAACGGGUGAUCCAGACGAUUUGUUCGAAUUUGUUUGCGACGUGAAUACUACAGCACAUACAACCAAUGCUUUCGAAUAUACCAUGUACAGUUGCAUGUUCGAGCGAAAAUACAGAAAAUCACGUGAAGAGGCGACCGAACAAGAUCUUCAAAGUUUCAUUUACGUACCGCAAACUGAGGAAAGAAGCCCUUCGAAAGUUUCACAAUCCAUAUCUACACCUUUAAAUGACACGCCGGUAUCAGCUAGCACGACUCCUGUUAGGUCUAUUCGGUCUGAAACUUCCCCAUCCACCCCUACAAGACAAAUUGUGUCCUUUGAUUUUCCCGGUGCCCCUUCUGAAAUUGAAAGCAUUAUAUCAGUACCGGUUGAAUUACAUGUAUUUGAUGCUAAUAGUGGAACAUUUUUGUUAAUGUCGCAAAAUGCCACUGCCAGUAUAAUGAAAGGAAAAAAAUUUGAGUAUUGGCAUGUCAUUUCAGAUGAUAACACAACAGUUAUCGGCCAACGGGUUGAACCAAAAAUGAAUCCCAUUCCUGUGAUUUCAGAGUCCGAUGGAGUUUCUUCCUUUUUGAUCCGCUUCCGAGAUUUAGAGGGUGAAGCAAAUUUCAAGAAAAAAUUUGCCCAAGCAAUGUAUGAAACUUUAAAUGAAGUUAGGGCAAAGGAAGAAGAACAAGAAUAUUUUAUGAAUGCUUAUCAAGAAGAUGUCGAAAUGACUGAUGCUGAAUCGACCGACAAAGAAGACACGGAAGAAGGUGUCGAAGGAGAAAGUGUCAAUACACAGCUUAUUGUUGGUUAUAAACAUGACAGAUCUUUCGUUUUGAAGGGUAAUAAGAUUGGCGUGUUUAAACACACAGAUGAUGAUCGCAUUGAAUUAACGACAAACAUUGGCGAAAUUAAAAAACUUGAAGGGAGAAAAUUUGAUCCUUCAAAGGGAAUGCUGCAUGAAGAAGAUUCUGCAAUAAUUCUAAUGGAUCCUCAAGACGAACAUAGCCUUUUUAAGAUGGAUUUAGAAUAUGGAAAAAUUGUUGAAGAAUGGAAUGUUCACGAUGUUGUUCCUAUUACAAGUAUAUUUGCAAGUAACAAGUUUGCCCAGACAACAGCUGAGAAGACCUUAAUUGGAAUGUCGCACAAUUCGCUUUAUCGAAUUGACCCACGACUACCUGAUUUAAAAUUAGUAGAUAGCCAACGUAAACAAUAUAUGACCAAGAGUGAUUUUAGUUGUGGGGCAUCAGAUGCCAAAGGUCAUAUUGUAGUAGGAAGUGAAAAGGGCGAUGUCAAAUUAUUCGAUUCUCUAGGCAAGAAUGCAAAGACAAAUCUUCCUGCUUUAGGCAGUGCAAUUAAGGGAAUUGAUGUAACAUCAGAUGGUAGAUGGAUUAUUGCUACCACUGCUCGAUACUUGUUGCUCUUAGAUACAUUAAUUAAGUCCGAUCCAAAUAAAAGAUUAGGAUUCGAAAAAAGUUUCCCUAAAGAUAACAAGCCAAUUCCAAGGAGGUUGCAACUAAAACCAGAACACUUGGCUCUAAUGGAUAAACCCGUAAAUUUCACGCCUGCACGAUUUAAUACUGGUUUAGAUGAAAGAGAGAAAACUAUAGUAACAAGCACUGGUCCGUUCGUCAUUACUUGGAAUUUUCGUCGUGUCAAGCAGGGAAAACUUGAUGAGUAUCAAAUUAAACGUUACGCUGAUGAUAUUGUAGCUGAUAACUUUAAAUUUGGACAAGAUCGUUCGAUUGUUGUUACUUUUCCACAUGAUGUCACAAUGGCGAAAAAGACGCAAUUGUCGACUCCAACAAAAGCAGUGCUUUCACCUUCAAAGUAUGUAAAAAAAUCAAAGUCUAUUAGAUAA